CGGAAGUGUGUCGUAGCUGCAUCGUGGGUCGGCGAUUGAUGAUGCGUCACUUCAAGCUGAAAACAAAUCGGCGGAUCGUCAACACGUCCGCAAAACAACAACAUAACAGCAACACAACAGCGAGACAACCGUUGACACGUUGACGGUGUGAGAGGACAUCCGGAUGUAUUUGUGAAGGAAAACCUCAGAGCAUCUGCACGGGCGUCGAAAGUGAUUUGCUCGACCUUCGCGAGAUGGCCGACACCCGAGUUUCGUUCUCUCCUGCUCUGCGUCUGCUCCAGCUAAGCCCCGGCCACACGCCAGCGCCUGCACCCGCACCCCCGUCCUCGUCCCCUACCGCCUUUUCGUGCCCGUCAUCCCCCUCCAGCGCCUCGUCGUCAUCCUCAUCGUCAUCACGUUAUUCCGAGAGUUGUUCGGACUGCCCGACUCGUCGGCAGCGCCGCCGGCGCCCAGCGCCCCGCCCUCAGCCGGCCCAUGAUGAGCGCCCGUCCUCGCUCAGCGCCAGUCCCCGCAGCUCCAGCCCCGGUGGCAGCAGUGCCAGCCUCAGCAGCGACGUCCCCGACCCCGCGCCCGCCCCCUCGACCCCCACUGAGAAGGAGCUCCAAGUGAUUGACACGGAGGUGGCGCUGAAGGCGUGCCAGGAAGUUCUGCUGAAAGUCCAAACGCAGCAGCAGGACGGCGCCAUCCAAGAGGAGGACGAGGAGCGGCGGACAGACGUGUGCGACCUCUCCCCUGCCUCCGAUCGCUCGUCGUGGCUACUGCGCCUGUUCCAGUCCAAACUAUUUGAUGCGUCCAUGGCGGUGGCGUACCUGUUCAAGUCAAAAGAGCCCGGCGUGCAGGCUUACAUCGGGAACCGCCUCUUUGGCUUUCCACCCUCUGAUGUGGACUUUUACUUGCCGCAGCUGCUAAGCAUGUACGUGCACAUGGAUGGCGAGGUGGGCGACGCCAUCCGACCGUACCUGGUGCACCGCUGCAGCGGCAGCAUCGUCUUCUCGCUGCUGUGUGCGUGGCUGCUGGGCGCCUACUCGUCUGACAUGCACAUCUCGGCACAGCGACAUUCCCGAGGGGCCAGACUGCGAAAACUCAUUCUGUCCGACCAGCUACGGCCUCCCGCUGCCACCACCGCCGCCCCAGCUUCGCCAUGCUCCUCACCAGGCGCGUCACCCUCCCCAAGGGGCCACCAGAGAUCCGCUACCACGUGCAGCGGACUGGGUGGUGCCCUGCGCAGGACAGAAAGUAACCCCAAAGUGGAGGUGCAGGAGCCGGAGCGUCUGCGUCCUCAGCGCGAGCUGGUCAAGUCUCUGCUGGUGAUCGGUCGCCGACUGGCCUCGCUGCCCGGCAAGGAGCAGAAGACGCAGCGUCUCAUCUCGGAACUGUCACUGCUCAACCACAAGCUUCCCGCCAGAGUUUGGCUGCCCACGUCCGACUUUCAGCACCACGUGGUCAGGAUUCCCCACACGCAAGCUGCCGUGCUCAACUCCAAAGACAAGGCUCCGUACAUCAUCUACGUGGAGGUGCUGGAGUGCGAAAACUUUGAAACGUCGCCCGUGCCUAUCCGCAUCCCCGAGACUCGGAUCCACUCCGCCCGCUCCGCCGACAACCUCGACUGCAAUGCGGACACCACCGCUUGCGCCGGUGCCACAGGCGGAAGCCUGUCUGGUGUCCACAACUACGACAACGACGAUGACGCCUGGGCCACCGACGAUAUCGGACAGCUACAGGUAGAGGUUCAGACAAGUAGCAGUGACAACCUGAGUCAAUUUUCGCUGGACAGCCUGACCAGCGUGGAGAGCAGGGAGAUGUUUGUCGCCGCCGGAGAUAUCAGACGCCGCCUGUCGGAGAACCUGGCCCAGACCCCCACUUCUUUCAGGAAAGACCCCGAGGAUCCCUCGGCCGUCGCCCUCAAAGAGCCCUGGGAGGACAAAGUCAGGCGUAUCCAGGAGACGUCCCCGUACGGCCACCUCUCUGGCUGGCAUCUCCUUCCCGUCAUCGUCAAGUGCGGAGACGACCUGAGACAAGAACUUUUGGCCUAUCAGGUGCUCACCCAGCUACAGGCCAUCUGGCGUCAGGAGCGAGUCCCUCUGUGGAUCAAACCUUACAAGAUCCUGGUGAUGUCAUCAGACAGCGGGAUGAUUGAACCUGUCCUCAACGCCGUCUCCCUGCAUCAGGUGCGCAAGCAGAGUCAGCUGUCGCUGCUGAAGUUCUUCCUGCAGGAACACGGCAGCUUCACCACCGAACAGUUCCUCAAAGCCCAGAGGAAUUUCGUGCAGAGCUGCGCCGGCUACAGCCUUGUCUGUUACCUCCUGCAAGUCAAAGACAGGCACAACGGCAACAUCCUCCUGGACUCAGAAGGUCACAUCAUUCACAUCGACUUUGGCUUCAUCUUGUCCAGCUCUCCACGCAAUCUCGGUUUCGAGACGUCCGCCUUUAAGCUGACCGACGACUUUGUGGAGGUGAUGGGCGGCCUGAAUGGCGACAUGUUUGUCUACUACAAGAUGCUGAUGCUGCAGGGGAUGAUCGCGGCCAGGAAGCACAUGGACAAGGUGUUGCACAUGGUGGAGAUCAUGCAGCAAGGAUCGCACCUGGCUUGCUUCCAGGGCUCGGGGACCAUCCGCGGCCUGAAGGAGCGUUUCCACAUGAGCCUGACGGAGGAGCAGCUGCAGCUGCUGGUGGAGCGAAUGGUGGACGGCUCCGUGCGCUCCAUCACCACCAAACUCUACGACUCCUUCCAGUACAUGGUCAACGGCAUCAUGUGACUCCAAAGCCAACCGCCUGCUUUCCUCCGGUUGAGGCGCCCAGCUCCAACUUUUGGCUUCUGCUGUUGCUGCUUGUUUUUACGCCUCCUUCUACUUGCGCAACCUCUCCUAAUGCAUCCUUAGUUUCCUUCUUCUGAACUCUUCCUUCGUCAUUCGUUUGGUACUGAAGCACGCACCGUGCGCCAAAACAUUUGUGUGUCCUUGUUGCUGCACGAGCCUAGCUUGUUAGCUUUAGCCCUUAUGCUAACCUUGCACACGUGACAAAAGCUGAAUGUUUUGGUUCUUAUGUCCUUUCAAUCUUAAACAUAUCUCGUAGUUUUGAAGGGAAUGCUAAUGUUAGCAUGACCAAGAGUCGCUGUUUUGUUUACAUGGCAAACAAAGGUCUGUUGAGGUCACACUUGCAAUGUAGCCUCUUGUUUCAAGUUAUUUUAAAGUCACAUUUGUGGCGUUAACUCCGUUACAGGAUGCAAGUUUUGUUUCCUGCAGAUCAGAUACACUCCGUUUACACUAACUUGUCAGUCUGUGAUUGGCCAACACUACAUUCCUGAUCGACUGGAGCCAAUCAGGAGGCACGUUUACAUUGCGGUUGUACGACUGCUGGAGGACCUGUUUGAAGACAAUGUGGGAAAGCACACCUUUAUCAUUGGCAACGACGGAGCUCGCCUGGCUAACUAGCCACUGCUCACCUUUCGGUAAAAAUUCUAAUCAAAUGUAUUAUGCCUAUUUCUUUACUGCAAUUAUUUUUGGAAGUCAAAAACUAACUGGAAUAAAGUGACUAAUUGUAUUGA